AUGGAGGAAAUGGAGCGUCGCGAUGAGAACGAGGAGAGAGGAAAAGAAGGUUUCGCGUUAUUCCUCCCGCACGAAACGCUCGCGAAAGUCUUCGCGAUAAUCGAUGAAGAUGAUUCAAAGACGAUUUCGGGCGUGGAAUUUUUAACCGCGCUGAGGAACAACACCGGAGGCGUGUCAGAGAUUUUAGAUUCCGCUUUACGAGAUGAAGACGAAGGGAAAAAGAAGAAGGAGAAGAAAACAAAGUUUGGAACGACCGGGGACGAGAACGAGAGGAAGUUUGAGUUAGGGUCGAAGAUUAUCGCCAAGAUUAGCGGCGUCGGUGAAGAAGGGAUUGGUUUGAGUGAAUUCGUGGAAGCGUUUCGAGUGGUCGCCGCGAACGAGGAGGAUAAGGAUGAAAAUGAUGAUGGUGAUGAUGAUGAGGAGGAAAGUGGCGACGCUCAAUAUCGUCGUCGUCGUCGUCGUAACAACGGGGCGACGAGUAAUAGCGGGGGCGAAUCGGAAAUGGACGAGGACUCUUUCGCGUCCAGUCCGAGAAGUCCGGCGGGAGGGGAGGAGUCGUCGAGUAAAGUCGACCCGGUGCGAGCGGCAAUCCUCGAAAAAAGAGAGCACGUGGAGGAGCUGAAGCGAGUGAAACGUAUGACCGCGCUCGUCGCCGAGGCGUGUAAAAGUUUAGUCCGGAAGAAUUUGAAGAAGAAAGAACGAAUGGAGGGACGGAAGGAAGGGUUCAAGAGGUUCAUACCGCGCGUGAAGAAUUUGAAGAAUUUUACGAGUAGGGAUAGGAACAACAACAACAACAACUCGGCGAGCGAGAGCGAGAGCGAUUCGGAGAGCGAGGAUAGCGAAUCGAAUCCGCAUCAAAAAAGCUAUUCGAAAGCGACUCUGAGCAUGGCGCCGGGAAAGGAAAAGAAUGGAAUGACUCGAGAGAAAAAGAUGAGGAAGUUGUUGAAACAGAAAAUGUCGCCGGAAAUCAGAGCGUUGAACGACGAGUUGUACAUCAACGCGCACGUACUGUUGGACGUGUUUAAAGAUUUGAACUAUAGCGGGACCGGUUUGGUCAUCGUGGAUGGUUUUUUACACGUGUACGAACGCAACGACGCAUUUAGACAGGAGUUAAGGAAUGCGAGGAACGAUAAGUCGUCGCAUUCCUCUUUCGAGCAGGACAUGGCGAGAACGGCGACGGAAAUGGGCGGUCGCCGAAGAGAGAGCGUGGACAUCGUGAGUUUCUUUAGUUAUUUCUGUCGCGCGAAAAGCAAGUUGCGACCGAAAUUACCGCCAUUACCGGAGAUACCGAUGAACGAUGGCAUGGUCUCUCCGGGGAAAGCAUCCGUGGAAGGGCCUUCCCGGCAAAGAAGAAACAUUUUGGAGGCGAAAAUUGGCAUCGGAUCGGGCGCGUAUGCAGCGAGCAGAAGGGAGGGUGGAUUUGACGGCGCGAGCGUCAACAGCGUAAGUACCAACGACUCAACGAAGGAAGGCAUCGCGCAACACUUGAAAUUGACGCCGAUGAAGAGCCCGAAACGAUUGACCUCGGCCAUGAAAAAGAUGAAGGUGCGAAAAGACGAGGAAGAGGAAGAUAAAAACGCGAGCGCGAGGCAACGGCUCAACUUUGACCACCCUUCGAGCAGGGAAUCAGGGAAAGAAGGUAUUACCUUAGAGCAUCUCGAUAGCGACACUUCGACGAACACCGAGAAAAACUACAGGAUCUUGUCCAUGGUCCUAGACGAAGACGACCGAAUAAACGAAAUAGAGGACGAGGACGAUGAAAGCCAUAUAGACGAGGAGGCGAAUUUGCGCGGGUUAGAAAUGGAAGCGUUAAUCCACGUCCUUUCCAUGCGAGAGAUGAAUAAAGUGCAUCGAUAG